GACCCGAGCGUUCCGUAUCACUGCGCACUCAAAGUAACAGGUUAGAUUUUGCGCGACCGUUGGUGGCCAUCGCCGAAACUAGACCCGGAAAUCCCACAAAUGUUCGGUUCCAGGCAAUACGAGCUUCCGCAACCGGACCAUUAAGGUGGACUUCAUCAGCGAUGUGAAUGAAUGAGCGCGAGGCCAACGCCGGCUCAGCGCGCUCCAGACGCCGCGCGGAGGGUGACGUGUGGGCCGUGAUGACGAUCAACCGACGGCAGCGCAACUAACGGGAAGCCCGAACGACGUUAUGGAUCAACAAGCCCGAUUACUGUCUUCGCAGCUCGUUCACAAGCGCAGGCAGGUGGAAGUUGCUCUAACCUGCGGUGUCUUGGCGUGGAGGGAAAUCGAGAGGAGCGCAAGACGCAGCUGUGGUUUCCUCAACAACGGCCCUAAAACAGCCUCCAGCCAUGCUGUUCAGGUGGGUGAAAUAGUGGCUGUCCUAAAGACCAAAAACGCUGACGAAGACUACGCCGAGACCGGGAGGAGUCCGAAAAAGGCAAAGCACCACUCCCCCCUGUACCCCUUUGCUUUCACAGUUUCCUACAUCAGAAGAAGGCGGCAGCACCAGUGGCGGUGCAGAGAUGUCACAUUCCACUCUGCUAACGAGGGGCUCUGCGACCAGUGGAUCCAAGUUAUCAAUGAGCAGUUAUCAUUACUCACCGACCGACCUAAGAGCCUCCUGGUGUACAUCAAUCCCUGCGCGGGAAAGCAGCGCGGGAAGCGCAUUUACGAGCGGAAGGUGGCUCCACUGUUUAGCCGCGCCUGUAUCUCAGCUGACGUGAUCGUUACAGAGCGGGUCAAUCAUGCCAGGGACCACUUGAACACAGAGGCCAAUCUUGACAAAUAUGACGGGAUCGUGUGUGUGGGGGGAGAUGGGAUGUUCAGUGAGAUCCUGCACGGCCUGGUCACCAGGAUCCAAACCGACAACGGCGUGGACCAGAACCAACAGGAUGUCAAACUGCUGCCGUGUGGUCUACGCAUUGGGAUCAUCCCUGCUGGCUCCACUGAUUGCAUCUGCUUUGCCACAGUGGGAACCAACGAUCCAGUUACUUCUGCUUUACACGUCAUAGUGGGAGAUUCCCAACCGAUGGACGUGUGUUCAGUUCACCACGAUGACGUCUUCCUCAGAUACUCCGUCUCGUUGCUUGGCUACGGGUUCUAUGGUGAUGUACUGACAGACAGCCAGAAAAAGCGAUAUCUGGGACCUGCUAGAUAUGACCUGUCAGGCGUGAAAACCUUCCUAAGUCACAACUACUAUGAAGGCACGAUCUCUUUCCUCCUUGCUGAGAACAACAUCGGGGACCCCAGGGACAAGCUUCAGUGUCGAUCCGGGUGCCACGUCUGUCAGCACAAGCCCUCAUCAAAAGACGUGCAGUGGGAGAUGUCACAGGAGACGUCUGACAAAGAUGGGAGAGUUGGUUGGAGUGUGAUCCGCGGAAAGUUUAUUGCCAUCAAUGCGGCCAGUAUGAGCUGCGCGUGUCCCCGCAGUCCGAAGGGCCUCUCGCCCUCCGCUCACCUCGCUGAUGGCACCACGGACCUCAUCCUCGUCAGGAAAUGCUCCCGCCUGGACUUCCUCCGACACCUGGUCCGACACACAAACAAAGAAGACCAGUUUGACCACUCCUUCGUUGAGGUCCACCGGGUGAGGAGGUUUUGUUUCCAGCCGCAGCGCCAUGAGGUGGUCUCAUUAGAGGACCCGAUUGAGAGCCCAAAGAAAACCGGCUUCAGACCCGUCUGUUCGGCCCAAACUACCUGCGACUACGGCACCAGCUGCAGCAGCUGGAAUUGUGACGGGGAGAUCCUGCCUCGCGCUGCCAUCCAAGUCAGUGUCCACUGCCAGUUGAUCAGGCUGUUUGCCCGGGGUAUUGAGCAGCAGCCGCCGUGUUUGUUAGAAGACCAGUGUACACUGGCGGCGCUCGAGCCGAGCAGACGCCGAUCGGUGGACUGAGAGCUGGACGGGACGACUGGCUGCUGCAAAAGUAAAAAGAGAUUUGCUCUUGGAACGACUUUCCUGGAAAUCACAUCACUGUAAAUCCCAAAUGCUGAGGUCCCAUCCCUCCUCAUUGUGUUCUGGUCAAACAAAACUUACUGGAUGUCCUCUCAGUGCACAGAAAGGGGUGUUAGAAAAAGCUGGGAAGGCUCCCAUCAGCAGCCAUUAAGAGGCAAAAAGGCCAAGGAGAAGAUACAGCUAUAUUGCAUGGUGUAUUGUUACUGAAUAGAUAGUUAGCUCUCUCUGUGCAACAUUGCCUGAUGCAGCUUUUACAAAUCCAUAUCAUGACAUGCCAAUGCUGCCGUGUAAAACCCACUUUUCUAUGCAUACUCUUUUUGAAAAUAGAAGAUUUUGAAGCCCAACGGAUCUCAAGGCGCCAGAUCAAACGGAUGAACCGGACUGAGCCGGACUGAGCCGCAACAAUCAGUACUGCCAUGAGUGAGAAGACAAAUAGGAUUUCUCCCUGUGUGAGAGACAGCGGAGGAGAUACUGCUGGGUGGGACCAAGAAGAAAGUAGCCGCUGGAGUGCGCCAAGAAACUGAGAAAAUGCCAAAAGAAGAAAAGGAAAAGAGAAUCUUUUUGGGUAACCCGUUGGGUUUCAUCGUUGACCCAGGUGGAAGAAAAUAUGAGCUAGGAGCACUAAUAUGAAACGAGCAGAACACCCCGCUAAUACACUAACAGGACCCCAGUGGAUUCUGGGUAAUGGGGCAAAGUGGUUGCUAAGUGAUGUGGUGCGUCUCAGCGCUGCUGUGGUGCACCUGUGGCUCCGAGCUCUGCUCCUCCAUGGCCAAAAACUACCGACAGAUCUACACACGGUUAACUGUAUUAAAGAUGAUCUAUUGUGGGGCUCCUGAAUUAGACCCAUUAUCUGUCUGUAAAGUCAGACCAUUAGAGAAUGCUUCCUCUGCAUUGAUAAAAAAAGUGUUUUAACACAGUAACAAUACGUAGGGCGUGUGUGUGUGUGUGUGUUAUCCACCAUCCCUUUAGGUGCGUGUGAUCAUUGGAGUGUGUGAGCGUUAAUGUGGUUGUGAAGGUGCCAGCGUGAUGACUUAGCAAUUAACCUCAUGAUAGCCGUUUUGAAGAUGGGUUCUCUGCAUUAAAUACCAAAAGAGGAGCAAAGGCACACGCACACACACACACACACACACACACACACACACACACACACACACUGAUGGUGGAUUUCUAUUAUGUUUCACUGCCAGUGGUGAUUUUUGUCGAUUAAAUAUAAUGUUAUUUAUUUCUAAUAGUUGGAUGCUUUAAAAUCCUCUACAAACACACACACACACUGACAUGUACCCAGUGUAACAGUGGAAGCUUUCAGGUCUGACCGCAAGAAUUUAGCAAUCCAUGACAAUGCAAACAAAAUCAAAUCGAAAGCUCCCACUGACUUCUGUGUCGAUACUGCCGUUGUUGGACGCUAGCCGGCUGUGAAAAGCUUUCACCCGCAGCUUCCACUUGUAAAGCUCACGCUAGUUAGUGGGAAAAACAAAAAAGUGUUUUUGUUAUUUCAGGAGAUGCAGGAUACCCAUUGUCAUACAGAUGUGUGUUUCCUUUUACUCAUGUAGUUGCUUCUUCAGUUGUAUGUGCAUUCUGGCUCCUCUCCAUUAUAGAGUCAACACAUAAACAUGCCGUCAUAUUACUUUUAAUAAAAAUGCUCAAUAGUGGGCUCUUGAAAU